GUAUUGAAUAGGAUCUGUACUAUCCAAAGGAGCCAAGCUCUUCUGGAGUUCAGCUGAACAUGAAGGUAUCCUCACCACCAGCAGCCUUGAGAUACCCUGUUCCCAGGGACACAGGACCACGUCUGGAACUCAGUCUUGUGCUGGAGCUCCAUGGUCUGCAGGCAUCCUAGGCUGCAUCUGAAUUCCAGUCCUGUUGCUUUCCUGCCCAUGUUUACGAAAGAGGCCAUGACCUUCCCAACACAGGAUGUUUGCAGUAGCAACUCUCAACUGAGGAAUUUGCUUAUUUGACUGUUUUACUGCUGGUUGGUUGAUAGAGUUCGAAGUAGAAAGUCUUUUGGGGGUAAGAUUUAUGCAUUAUUUACUAUGCUUUAGUUGCAUGCAUCAGAAAAUCUGAUCCAAAUUGGCUUUGGUGGAUGAGGAUUUUACUGGCCCAUGUGACUGAGCAGCCCAGAGCUACCUCUGGCUUUGAUGGUGGCCCAGCCCUGGGCUGAAGCAGAGCCCUCCUCAUCUGCUCCUCUGCAUGGCUCCACCCUCAGGCUCUCCCCUAUGGUGAUAGAAUCUUGCAGCAAGUCCCAACACAAGUGCUUUGAAGGAGACAGUUCAGCAGCUCAGAUGCUGAUGUGGGUCAGUUCCAGCUGGUUCUGUAGCAGAGCACCUGCCCCACACCAGGUGCAGCACGGAUGGGAACAGGCCAGCUGUGCUGGUUCUGAAAUAAAACUCAGCAGCAGAAGGACCAGAUUUCCACUGCAGUUUGUUGGUGCCCAUCAGUGAGCGAUAUUGAGCGUCUGGACAUGUACACGAAGCACUGCGGGGGCACCGCUCAGAGAAGCCCUGCUUCUGGCCUGCGGGGACUGCAGCUGAGUGGUGGGCAUGUGUGAGGAUGAAUCUCAGAUCACAGACUUAGUGAAUAACCCUAUACCUUCCAAUUUGAAAUCUGAAGCCAAAAAGGCUGCUAAAAUCCUAAGAGAAUUCACAGAAAUAACUUCCAGAAAUGGACCUGAUAAGAUCAUUCCUGCUCACGUGAUCGCUAAAGCGAAGGGCCUUGCGAUUCUGUCGGUGAUAAAAGCUGGGUUUCUUGUGACCGCUAGAGGAGGCAGUGGGAUUGUGCUGGCGCGUCUUCCCGAUGGAAAAUGGUCUGCGCCUUCUGCCAUUGGCAUAGCUGGGCUGGGUGGCGGAUUUGAGCUGGGAAUAGAGGUGUCAGACUUGGUGAUAAUUCUGAACUACGACCGAGCAGUAGAAGCCUUUGCAAAGGGCGGCAACCUGACACUCGGAGGGAAUUUUACUGUGGCGGUUGGGCCCUUGGGACGGAAUUUAGAAGGAAAUGUCUCGCUAAGAAGCUCAGCUGCUGUCUUUACUUACUGCAAAUCUCGAGGCCUCUUUGCUGGCAUAUCUUUAGAAGGUAGCUGCUUGAUUGAGAGGAAAGAAACUAAUCGAAAAUUCUACUGUCAAGAUAUUAGAGCUAAUGACAUUUUAUUUGGAGAUAUACCACGGCCUGCUCAAGCAGAAGAUCUUUAUGGAAUUCUUGAUUCCUUUACUGAGAAGUAUGAGACUGAAGGACAACGGGCCAACGCCAGGAAAGCAGCCCGGGAGCAGAGGAGGGCUUCUGCUAAAGAACUGCCUCCAAAACCAUUGCCAAGACCACAGCAGCUGUCUGCGCCAGUCCAGCCAAACUCUGCCUCACAAAGUAGCAGAAGUGAAAAUAAGCUCUACCCUGAACUUCCCAGCUGUCGUGAGAGAGCUGGCAAUUCAGACCAACCCAUAGAAGUGACAGCACUGUAUUCUUUUGAAGGACAGCAGCCAGGAGACUUGAAUUUUCAAGCUGGAGACAGAAUCACAGUUCUAUCAAAAACAGACUCACACUUUGAUUGGUGGGAAGGAAAGCUCCGAGGUCAAACGGGCAUUUUUCCAGCCAACUAUGUUACCAUGAAUUAAAGUUUAUAUUAUUUCCUUCUUUCAGAAUUAUAAGAAAAUUAUUUCUACACUCACAGGAUUUACUAUCCAGUUAAACAAUGUUUUUAAUACAAGUCCAAAUACUCUUCUGUUUAUUCCAUAAACUUUUAUCCUGUAUGUAAAAGAUUUUUUUCUGUAUAUAAAUGGUUACCUUACGUACCUUUAAAUACUUUCCACUAAUUUUAUUACACACACUAUUUAAUAGUUAAUGUCUUCCAAUGUAUGUGGUCACAUUUCUUUUGUGUUCAUUUUCAAACAUCCAUAAACGUUUGAUUUGACCUUGUACGUGAUGACUUUAAUUUGGGAAGCUUAAGAAUGGGGCAUGAAUUCUAACUGGGUAUUAAGUAAUACUUAGAGUUGUAGGUACUAACUAGAAUAUUAAUUCUUAAAAUUAUUUCUAUACCUUCAAAAGUUGCAUAUUUAUGUUUUAUGCACAUAUAUGUAACAUGCUAUUACACAGAAAUUCAACCACUAUUCAUUAAAAAAGAUGACAUCUAUUAACUUUCCUUCUUUGUGAGGUUAUGUUCAUUUGUAGCAGUAGAAUAAACUUAUGUUGACAUGGUUCUGUUGUCCUGAAAUAAAUGUUUUAAAUGCU